GGAAGUUACCAGGGCUAUAAGAAUUGAAGCAGGAUCUUUAGUUAGAUCACCUGAAAAGGAGAGAAGUAGUGGAAGACUUCAGAUGGAACUUAAUAGCACUGACAGCAAACCUGACUUCCAGAUGUCAGAGGAAGAAGAUUCUAUUUGGGAUGUUAGAAGAUCUCUAAAAAGGAAAGUGGUGAAACACAGCACUCCAGUGGACUCAGUGUUCUCAAGAAAAAUGCUAUCUCUUUCGGGUCCAAUCAAUCAGUCAAUCAAGGACCAAGAUCUCAGUAAGAGAGCUUGUAUAUCCCCAGUGCCAAAAUCAACUCUAGGAAGGUCAGUAGCUCAACUAUCACUAGCAAGUGUUGAAGCAUACUUCCCUCAUAUGUCUCCAAAAAGGUUUUCAGAAGUAUUUGACUUGCAAGAUUCCAGCAGAGAGAUAAGCCAUAGCUCUCAAGUUGUGUAUUCUAGAAAACGACUUUCCACAGUAUUGGCAUCUGAUGAAUCAAAUGCAGAGGCAAGUGAAAAGGUUGUCUCAAGUGUGGAGACUCAAACUCCCACAAAAGCAUCUGAGAAGUUAGCAGUAACUCCCAAGAGUGGAUCUUCAUGGAUGGUUUCUGGAAUACCAGGAAUAAAAGAUCCUCCAAUGUUGAAAAAGAAGAAAACUGAUACAGCUAUUGUGAGAAAGAAACAAAGAGAAUGGGUGCUUCGCCAACUGAAAAACAUCGAGGAAGCAACAAAACAUGAAUUAACAAUUGAAGAAGUUUGAUCAAACUUUUUGAAAGUAAUGAUGUUUCAUGCUUAUUUUGUGAAUAGCAGAUUCCAAUAAAAUGCACAUUCGACUAAUCUGCAA